GGCUUGGCAUUGCGGGUCAGGGCUUAAGGAAGUAUGGAGUCUGUCUCCUGGUGACUGAUGACCAUCCUUAUAAAGACCUUCCCAUUGGUUCUUGGAAAACGGACAGGUGGAAAUUGAAGACACCAUGAAAGAAACUGAAAUUAAGAGACUGCUAUCUGCUAAUGUUAUCUGUAUAUUCUCCAUUAUUGCAGCAACUGUUAUUCCUUCUCUAUUUUUGGAGAAUUUUUCAGUCUUGGGAACACAUCUGACUUGGUUAUGCAUCUGUUCAGCAAGUGUUGGUACUGUAAAUAUAAUUUUGUAUUUUAUUCUUAAACCAAAUCCAUCUUCUAGAAGAAGUUCUUUUGCCCAUAAGGUGGCAAGAUUUCUAAGAUGCUGUGUAUACUUCUUCAUGUCUUGCAUCCUAUUUCAUGGAAUAAUUGUUCUUUAUGGUGCACCGCUAACAGAAUCAGUACUGGAGACCUUCUUCUUUGCAGUUCUUCUGUCCACAUUUACUACUUUGCACUGCUUGUGUUUGCUGGGGCCAAACAUUCAAGUGUGGCUUAGGGUGUUCAGUAAAAAUGGGGCAAUGUCCAUUUGGGAUAGCAGUCUACAGAUUACAACGAUGUGUAGUGUGGUGGGCGCAUGGCUUGGAGCAUUUCCUAUUCCACUGGAUUGGGAUCGACCAUGGCAGACCAGCAAGAAUCAUUAUCAAGAGUUCAAGGCUGCAUUCCAGCCAGUCAAAAGGACCCAAGGAGGAUGCAAGGGAUGUGGCCUGCAGAGUCCCAAGGGCCAGAGAGAGAGAAUCUUGAUGGGCCACAUUCUGCCCCCGGGCCUGAGGUUCCCCAUCCCUUUUCAAGCCAUUGAAAGUAGUGGCUGUUGCCACAUCUGGUGGUAAUGAACUCAACCGUUGGGAUUGCGCAAUUGGAAGCUGAGCUUUAGAAGCAAGACUUCCAAGCAGCUUUGUGGUAAAGGCGCAUUGUGAGAUGUCUAAACUUGUAUAUCUCUCAACAGUUCUGAAGUGUGUAAAAUGUCAUGCGGCUUGUUAGUGGGGUUUUUCUUUUCAUUUUUUAACAGUUUGACUUUAAAUCUGGCCCAAACACUUACUUAUAUUUAUACCUCCACCUUUCAGCUCUGAAAGGUCUCCAAGGCAGCUGACAAUAAUUAAAAACAAAAUCCAUUGAAAAUAAAUAAGCUAACAGCCACAACAGAGUCAACAACAUAAAAGCAUAACUUCAUAGGGGGAAGAAGAGAUCAAGGUAACCCCAAAGCACGGCAGAAUAAAAUGGGCUUAAAACCCCCCAAAAUGGGCUCACCAGCGAAAAGACCCUUAUGGCUACAAGUUGUUUUGUAUUGUUUUAUGUAUUUAUUACAUAUCAUUGACUGAAAGAUGAUGGAGCUUUUUCCACAAUGGGAGGGAGCUCACAUGACACAGUAAACUGUGAACGUGCGGGCUCCGUCCCGGAGAAGAGCUAGUAGCCACUCUGCUCCUCCCCUGGCAUUUUUUUUACUCCCACAUCAUGCUGAGCCAAGGUUUGGCUUAGCAUGUUAUCCAAACCCAGGCUUGUGCUUAAGCUCUCUUCUGGCUAACUAUGAGCUGUAGCCAAGCUUUGCUCUUGGCUACGCCACGUAGACAGCAAGGAGAGGGUGACCGUGAGGCUGGGACAGGCGACACAGGGUUAAAAAAGACCAGGGAGAAGCAAAGCAGCUGGUUAGGGGAUAAGGAGAGGAGAAAGAAGCCUGCAUUUUGCAAGUGUCAGCUACAAGUGGGAGAAGUCCCUCUUGUAGCUCAUCCCCCCCCCCAAAAAACAGGGCUGCUUGCUUUGGUUGCAUAGGCCUGUUUGCAGCAGAGAACAGGUGCAGUCAAACUGAGCAGGAUGCAACGCCCCCCCCCCAUCAACUUAUGAGCAGGGAGGCCAUGCCCUGUUUUGGCUGUGAGCAUCUGUUUCCUGCUGGGAAUAAGCAUGAACAGCCAAGGCAGAACUGAACGCCAUCCUCCCACCCAUCAUAAUGAAUGACAUAAUGAAUGACAUUGCUUGAUUGGUAGAUUGGUGAGGUUUGGGGAAAAUGGUCCCAUGGGCCAAACUGGCCCUCUCCCUGGGAGGCCAAGAUUGGUCUGCGGGCCAGAGGUUCCUCUCCCCUGCAGUAAGCCGUAGUUUGGCUUACUGUGUUGUGCGAGGCAGUUCAGUGUGGAGUACAUGACUAUCAGAUGAUUUCCUGGGUCAGUUAGUGAAAACGUACUGCCUGGUUUCUUGUUAAUGGCACAGGAAUGUCAUUCUUGGAGUUCAGUCCACACGGUCAGUCAGCAUUGCUCCAUUGAUGUCAUGGGGGCCACGAGCUUUUAUGUCAUCUGAGAAUGUGGCCUGCGGUGAUGUAGUUUCAGUCCAUUAAAAGCACUUAACAAAAUGCAUUUGGAAUGGGCUAUUGGCUCCAAUUGAUCUCUGAAAGUGGCGUGGCCAAGCCCUGUGCCGAAAACAUAUUUUGCAAUUUUCAAACGGAGCCCUGGCAAGCUUUGACCUUUUUGCUGCUUGUGGGGAAAAUGUGAAGCUUGCAGGAAAGCUGCAAAUGCAGCUGCUUGAACUGCUUUUGGCAGUUGACACCAUUUUAGAAUUGCAUAACCCCUGUGUGCAUUGGGUCAUUUGGAGAUCUUUCUGACUUUGAAGCUAAUCUAAAAUCACUUUCCUUUUUUUCUUUUUCUUUUUAAACAAGUGGAAGAGGGUCUAGACAGAUUCUGUUGAAGUGGAUUAAACUGUUCUCACAGCCCCAUCCAUAGAGGAGGAAUUUUUAGCCAUAGUGCGACUCAGGUGUCUCACCUGGGUCUUACUGGUGUUAUGCAGACUUUAUUUCAGACUAAAAUAAAAUUUCAGACUAAAAUAAACCAGGGAUGGUUCUAACAUCUCCCUUUCUAUGAAUAUACAAGUAUAGCAUAUACACACACACACCUCCAAGCGUAAAGGGCAUGGACGAGUAUCUUUAGAAAAUUCUAAAAUAGCAAGUGGAGAAGGAUUGGGUUACUGCUUUCAAGUCUUUUAAAGAGGCCCAGGUCUAAUUCUGUGCCAACGUAUUCCUCACCCUUGAUAAGAUACAUGUACUAGGUACCAUGUACAAAGCACACUGAGAAUCAGCUGUUGCAGUCCGAAAAGGCAGGAAACGGAACUUGGGCUGGACCUGCCAGCAGAAGCCAGAAGGGGGCAGGGAAGAAGGAAUUCAUGAGUGGCCAGAGAAAAAAGACCAACCUUUAUUAAAAAAUAAAGAAGUGGCAUAACCUCAGACUUACUUGGACCUAUGAGAAGCCUCCCUGACUCUCUUGGAGAGCUUCAAAGGGAAGUGGAGGAGAGGCUUCCUUAGGAAUCUCUAGCCUUGCUAGUCCAUUUCAGCAACACGAACAAAAACAGUGGCUAUGUUCUGCCUCCACUGUCGGAGGAAGUAUGCCUCUGAAUGCCAGUUGCUGAAAACCACAUGCAUACUGUUGCACUCAGGUCCUGCUUGCAGGCUUCCUGUAGGUAUCUGGUUGGCCACAGUGAGAACAGGAUGCUGGACUAGAUGGGCCACUGGUCUGACCCAGCAGGGCUGUUCUUACAUUCUUAUGAACCUUGUGGUGCUUCAAAGACUAAAAAAUAUUUCGUGGCAUCAGCCUUUGUUGCACUGGAGUCCACUUUGUACAUCUGACAAAGUGGACUCUCAUCCACAAAAACUUAUGCCACAAAAGAAAUGUUAGUCUUUAAGUUGCUACAAGAUUCUUUGCCAGUUUAGGAAACUGCCUGCCACUAAUAUUUUCCUAUUGGACUAUACACACAUGCACACCUUUGGAAGGGGCUGGGCAGACUCCCAGCAACUUUAUUAGGGGGCAUGUUUUAUUUAUUUAUUUUUAUUUUCUUACAUUUAUAUCCGGCCUUUCUUUCAUCAAGGAACCCAAGGGGGCAUAUACUGUAUGUGGUUCCUAGGUGGUCUCACAUCUGCAGUGACCAGACCCAGACCUCCUUAGCUUCAACAAGGUGGUGGCUUCAUGUGCCUUCAGACCAUACCCUGGGCUGCAGAGCAGCCAUACCUUCAAAUCCAUCACUACUAAAAACAAUUCUGAUUUCUUCCCAGCAUGCAGUGGGCUGCAGUCCAUGGAAUCUUAUUCUGUAAUAAAAUGUCUUUGUCUUUAAGAUACUACAAGACUCUCUGCUGGUUUUGCUGCAAAAGACCAGCAUGGCUUCCCCCCUGGAAGUUGCCUUGUUUUCUUUAUUAUCCUCUUUUAUAGGGAAAUGGGAUGAAAGCCUUUUUUAUGAUGCAAAAGGAGCUUGUAAAUGGGCAUUCAUCUUGUUCUAGACGAAAGCAAUGCAGUAGAUGAUGAGUCACUGGAGUGGAAGCCAUUAAGACUCCUUUUCUUGGAAAAAAGUAAAGCUUUCUACCAAUGACUGACUUUCAGAACUAAAAAUAAAUUGAUUGGGGAAGUUUGUAUUCUUUCAAGAUCUGAAGCUUUCAAAAAAAUACGUUGCCAUUGAAUCAGGAGAAAAGAAAUGCUUAAUGCCAGCUUUCCUGCCUGUGAGAGGGGAUGUCCCUGGCACCUUCAUUAUAUAGUUUUUGUCAUAUGCUGAAUGUGCAUUUCUUUAUCUGGCCUUUGACACCUGAGAUAUGUUUUCAGGAUGCACCCUGUUGCUGUGACUGUAAUUUUGUUUUUAAACUGUUUUCAAUUUGAAUUUAAAUUGUUGUAACCUGUGCUGGGAUCUAUUUUGAGAUGCUUUUUGACUGGCAUCAGGACAGUGACAAAAUUGGCACCAGGUAGACCUCCCUGGGGAAAGCAUUCCAUAGAUGAGGAGCUACUGCAGAAAAGACCCUGUUGUCUCCUCACUAACAUCCAGACAUCCUGUCCAGUCAUUUUGCUUUGCUUUGGGGUAGUGCAUUCCUUGGCCAAGAAAGUUUCACCGUCACUAGUCAAAAGAAUCUGGCAAAGAUGCUUGUCCAACUUCAUUUUUGAAUACUUUCUUCCCAACCAUUGAUGUCAGUUUAUCAAAAAGGGGCAAUCAAAAAGCUUGUCUGAAAUGCUACUGAAACCUGCUGCAUAGACUGUAUUACGUUUAUCACUAGCUGGAGGUCACUCUUGCCAUUUCAUAGCCCUACACUAAUGAUGGAGGAUUCAGCUAGGAGGUUAUUGAUGCAAACCAAUCCCAUUGGCAUCUUGCCAAUGUUGAAACAAACCAGUUUUCGCAGUCAAACUGCUAACACUCAAUCUAUUGUGUCACACUGGCCUGGGUCUCACGAUAUGCUAAGACAAACCAUGGUUUAGCAUGAACAUGUGUGCUCCUGGGGAGGAGAUUGCAGUCGCUUUGCUUGUCCCUGGUCUGGUGCAGCACACUGAGCUAAGCCAUAGUUUAGCUUGGCAUAUCAUUCAUGUCCAGGGUUGUGAUUUAGCUCUCCCAGGCAAACCCCAAGCUGUAAACCAAGUAAAAAACCUUGAUUACAGCUCAUGGUUACUCUGAAAAGAUCUAACUAUGAGCCUGGGCAGGGAUGACAUGCCAAGCUAUGGCUUGGCUCAGCAGAAAAAUGAUGAAAGGAGCAAAGCAGCCAUGGAUUGGCUUAGCAUGACAGGUGAACCAGGCCACUGUCGUUCUUUACAAAAGUCAUUUAAAAUCUCUUUGAGCUGUUAUUGUGAGUGGAUUCUGACAAGUGUUUUUUUUUUUUUAAGUUUGCUUUCUAUGAAAUGGGGAAGUCUUGUUUAACACUUUUGGGUUUUUUCCUCUCAUCUUCCUGAUAGAUUUCUCACAUUAAAAAUAUUUGUUUCUAAUUUCUUAUUUUUUCACUCCUCCCCUUUAGUAAUUUGUGUGCAUUGGUGAUAGUCACGUAAUUUUCAACACCCGCAGAUCUACACAAAAUAGCAUGUUUCCUCAAACACAGACUUUUAAAAACUGCAGGCUUCAGCAAAAAUUUGUUUCUGUGCCAAUGAAUAUUUAUAAAGCAAUAUGAGCUAUAAAAUUAAAGUGGAAAUACAAUUAAAUGGGCUGAAAAUAGAAAUAGUUAGCCCUCAUAAAUAUAUGUCAUGCUAAGCAUCACUUAAUCUUUUUUCCAAAAAUAGGUUGGUGGCUCAAAUCUCUCUUUUUAAAAAAUAAUUUUUGCAUUGCAGUCUGUUUUUAAAAACCUGGUUAUUGAACUUAUGACAUUUCUGUAAGGCAUGCUAUUACAAGUGAAAACUAAAACCUAAUCAGCAGCGUUCCACCUCACCCCCACUUCUCUCCACUUGAUGCGUUUUUAGAAACUGCAGUAAAUGGAUGGUGUCUUUGUCAAAAGUGACUAACCCCACUUCUAGUUGUGAAACUGAGGGCUUCUACUGCCCAAAUUAUGUAACAAACAACUGACAAGAGUAGCAGGUGAAAACAUUUUGGCUAUUAGCCAGACUAAACAUUUCAACCCAAAAAGAGGUCUGCUUACUAUGGCAUUGAGUUAGGCACCGAUCAUAUUUGAAGAGUUCUUGUUUGUUUGCUCACAUGUGAUACUAUGGUACUUGAAAUACAGGAAGAUAGGAAGCUGCAUUAUACCGAGUCAGACCAUUGGUCCAACUCGCUCAACAUGGUCUACUCUGACAGGCAGUGACUCCCCAGGGUUUCAGGCAGGGGACUCUCCCAACCCUACCUGGAAAAAUGGAAAUGGACUGCCUUCAAGUCGAUCCCAACUUAUGGCGACCCUAUGAAUAGGGUUUUCAUGGUAAGCGGCAUUCAGAAAUGGUUUACAGUUGCCUUCCUCUGAGGCUGAGAGGCAGUGACUGGCCCAAGGUCACCCAGUGAGCUUCAUGGCUGUGUGGGGAUUCGAACCCUGGUCUCCCAGGUCACAGUCCAACACCUUAACCACUACACCACACUGGCUCUCUAACUCUACCUGGAGAUGCCAGGAAUUAAUCCUAGGACCUUUGUGAAAGGUAGGUGCUCUACUCCUGAGCUAGGGUCCUUCCCAUGCACAUCACUUUACUAGCUUUACAAGCACACUUAGUCAACUCUUAUUGUCCUGUAAUGUUGGAGAUUGUCUCAUGCAAAGAAAUCAGUUUAUCUUUCUUAAUUGUUGCAACUGUUUUAAAACUCUGUUGAUGACUUCUUUAACUGUCUACACCAAACCACUCUUUAAUAAUGCCAUACUUGGUUACAACCUGUCAUAUCCUAUUUUGGUCCACAAGCUAUAUUAGCUGAGUACUUAAGUUAGCUGGUUCCCUUGCAAGUUUAGGGUCAGAGAGAAGUACACAAUCAUUUCUACUAAACUUUACCAUCUUUUUAUUUCAUGAAACAGAAAAGUGGGAUUUUCCACUUUAGAGUGGCAUGCCAUCCACUUGCUGCAGUGUUGCACCAAGUGGAGAGACAGAGGCUCCUUUUAUUGGAAUAGACUGAAAUGUUGUCCAGUAACUGAACAAAAUGUGUUAUUAUACUAAGUGGCUUCACAUUCUGGAAAGGACAGUAUUUUCAUGUAAUGGGCAAUUCGAUUUAAAGACUACAAAGAUUAGAUUUCUGUGACAAUGAGUUUUGUGAUUCUUAAAAAACUUGAUGGAAUUCUGUACAACUUCAUCUAAAAGUAGAACAAACUAUUGAAAUGUCAUCGCCUGAUCUGAUUUGCACAAGGUAAGGGCAAAAGUUUAGGUUCUUAUUGGAUAUGACAAGAGAAAUUAAAGUUGUGAUUCUAGGGUUGCCUUCAAAGUUGUCCUCAACCCAACUCCUAUAUACAAAAAACAAUGCAUGGUGUAUUUGUGCACUUGUGUGUUUUCAGGCACAUGUAUCUUGCAAGUAAAAAAGUACAGCUCUCACUCAUGCAUUUAUAAAUGGUUUGACAUAUGUAUUUUGUACUCCAUCAGUUUCUGAGCAAAAAUAGCAUUUGAAACAGCCCUUGAAUGAAAGUGUCCAUGGAGGCUUGACAGUUUGUGAAAUGAGAGCUGAUGUAGCAUCGUGGCUAGGAUACUGAGUUAUCAAAGUCUUUGGCUCAGAUCUCACCUCUGCCAUGAACUUGCUAGGACGCCUCGAGCAAGCUACUCUCUAUCAGCCUUCAUCUUUCCCCUGCCAUCGUAUGCAGUAUGGCAAUAAAAAUAGUGACCUACUGUACAGCCUUUUUGGGAGGAUCACAUAGUAAAUUUAUGUGAAUCACUGUGAACAUUUGAAAGUCUUGCGUAAAUGCUAAAUAUAAGAACGAUGAAACUUGCAGGCUGCAUGCUUGCCAUGAGUUUGAUGUUGCCCACCUGUUUGUUUUAUGGUGUCCUCAAAAGCACUGCACCCGCUUUUGACAUCCUGACAAACUGCUAACUGCAAAUGGAAAGCCCUUGGGACUUCUCUUUGACAGUGAUUGCAAAUUUAGUAGAAAGCUUACUGAUCUAUCAGUGUGAUAAGUGAGAGCUUCUGAAACUCAAAAACCGGUGAGGGCUCAAGAUAAUAUACCUGUCCAAGUAAACUUUUUUAGGUUUAACAUUGCUUGAUGAUUAAAGUACCCUCACACCCCAGUCGAAUGGAAUGCCCUUCAGUGAUCCCUCACUAGGAAGGAGUGUGAGUGAAUUUUGCAAUGUGGAUGGGGCCAGCCUUGUGAGAUUUUCCCACCUGAGCAGCAUCCUCCUUUGGAGGGAGCAUGACAAUUGGUGGGAAAGUGUCAUGUGCCUGUGAUAGUCUCAUGUGCACAACUGUGUGAGUACACACCAAGGAUAUCGGUGUAUUAGACUGAGGUCACAUCCACACCAUCCAUUUAAAGCACUCUUAUAUCACUUUGUGAGAGCCGGUGUGGUGUAGUGGUUAAGGUGUUGGGCUACGACCUGGGAGACCAGGGUUCAAAUCCCCACACAGCCAUGAAGCUCACUGGGUGGCCUUGGGCCAGUCACUGCCUCUCAGCCUCAGAGGAAGGCAAUGGUAAACCCC